AUGCCCCGUGCCUGGAUGUCCAAGAUUCGUUACCUGGCACCUGAGCAGGACAAGGACUCUGACGAUGACGGUGACAACGACGGUUGCCUGAGCUCAAGGUUGGCUGAGACUGGUCCUGAGACGGGGUCAUGGGCCAUCGUCCUGAGGUGCCCUGCACUGGGCGAGGACUCAGCACAAGCGGUCAGGCUCGUGCCCUGGGACAACUGGUCCAUCGGCGUGCAUCCUGAGCUCUGUGCCCCUCUGCACCUGGACUUUGACGGUGACGAGGUGCACGUUUUCAUGACCAGUGACACAGCGUCCAUGGCCGAGAUACGUGCCAGGGCCUCCAGAGCCAGGUACAGCAAGUUCACCGAGCCAGUUGUGCGUGCAGCCAUGGACUGGUGCGAUGACAUUGCACCUGAGGACGUUGUCCAUGGCACGUUCAUCAGGAGCUCGACCAUGACGCUGGAGUCACUGUUGAACGAUCCGGUCCCUCAUCCUGUGCACAGGCUGGGCCGUUGCAAGGUCGAACUCUGGCCAGUGCUCAAGGACCGUUACCUGGCAGAGGACAAGCCCAUCAGGUUCGUGGAACAGUGUUCAUUGGCCAUGUCAAAUGUCAUUGCCAGUCAGCUGAGUGUGUCCGAUGGCUACAUGGUCACGAGGCAGUCCAAGUACCUCGGCUCGCAGCUGGUGUCGACGAGGACCGGUCUUCACAUGCCCUGCUGGUACGGUCCAGGAUCAGAGGCAAUCGAGGCAAUUGACAGCGACGUUGUUCCAACGGGCACGCACCAUGGAUCACCUGCAAUGAGAGUCCUUGCCAGGCUGUCGGCCAAGGCAAUGCAGGGUUCAUUGGACAAGGCCAAGCACCGCAGCACACAGGCAAUGUCCGUGAGCCCUGCCUCAUCACUGAUCACGGGUCAAGACAGGGCCUUGUGCAUUGUCAAUGACCCCGUCGCUGGUCAUCUGAUGCGGGUCCUGAGAUCUGAUGCAGCAGGCGAUGUACUGGCCCGGGUCAUUGCCACGAGCUCAGUCAAGAUCGUGUCCGAGGCAAUAGCACGUGGCAUGACAUUGAACAAGACCUGGUCCCUAUGCCUCAGUUCAGCAGUCAUGAUCCUGCACGAGGAGCAGAUCCAAGGUGACGAGCACGAGACCGUGGCCCUUGCAGCGGUGAUCAUGGCCCUGGCACGGUCAGGUGUCGACAGUCCUAUGGCCCUGCCUGGGCGUUCCAGGGUCCUGUCCGAGCUCGGUUGCAAUUGGCUAGUGUGCUGCCUGAACGAGGACCUGUCAGCCAUCAGGCGAUUGCGCACUGCGGGGGCUGAGACGUUUGCCGAUGCGCAUCCGAUUGCUGAUCCUGCAACUGCAUUCGUGUUCGGCAACUUCUCAGCCUGUGCCUGUGUACAGUGCACGAUCUCAGCCAUCGGCAAGGCCAUCGUGAACGUGAGCGUGGACCCUGCCAGGUUGCAGAACGUCAUCGUGCCAGUGCCCGUGAGCAACCAGUCAGUGGACGCAAUCGACGUGCAGAUCGAAGCGUAUCUGCCCAUGACCUGGCAUCUGUCCCUGUGCCUGUUCAGCAGCCAGGCCAUGGUCGACAGCCCACGUGCCACGGUUCAGCAGCCACAGGUUAGGUACGUGGACCGUGCAAUGCCAGAGGACAUGGCCAAGUCAUCGACCGAGGCUAUGUCCAGACUACGUGCCAUAGUCACGGCUGCGAUGACUGGCAGUGUCUACGUGCCUGGUGAUCUGAUGCUGAGUGCUUGUGCGCUGAUCGGCAAUUACCUGGCACUGUCCGAGAGGGAUCUGCUGCUGUUGUCCAUGCACGAGAGGCUGUAUCAGCUCGUGACCUGCGAUCACUGGAACCUGUGCAGUGUCAGUCACUCGGCAUACGAUCCACGGACCAGUCCUCUGUCGCCCGUGUUCACAGGUGGCUUGAACCUGUCAGCUGGCAAGUCCCAAGCCCAUGGUGCGUCCCUGACUGCCUGCUGCAUGUUCUGGCGCAACUUGACUGCACCCGAUGACCAGGCCACGUACCUUGAGCAGAGGACACAGCUCACGUCCCUGGCCACGAUGAUGCAUAUGACCGGGCCCAGUCUGCACGUACUGGGGAUGCCAUACGAGGACGAUCACGCUGUCGUCACCGGUGCCUGGCCCAUGUGCGUUGCCAUGCUGCCGCUGCUCGAGUCGGAUUCGCAUCCUGGUGCCUGGUACACGUCAUCGUACCUGCUGCCACGGGACACCGGUCCUCAGCCCUCGAUCGUAUUCCAGCCGUCGAGGCCUGGAUCGUACAACAGACCACGUCACCAGGCCGUUGUCAAUGGCUACGUCAGGGCCCUCAGACACCAGCGCUCGGGUCCCCGUUGCAAGUGCUGUUUGGCCGAUGCACUCGUCCUGUUCUCGAUCCUGAAUCCAGCACUGGCCAACAGCACCCCUGCCAAGGUGGCACAGGCCGUGACAACGUACCUAUGCCAGGACAAAGCACUGGGCCCGGAUCCAGUUCCUGCAGGUGUCCUCGAGCUGUGA